AUGAUGCUAAUUGAUGCCUCUUUCAUCAUUCAGCUCUUGAGGGAUUUAUCACACAACCAAUUCAAACAAGUCCCUUCCCUCAGUAGAUGGAUGCUACCUACCAUUCGCCGCGAAUUGAUAAUGCUUGAAAACCAGCUUCCACUCUUUGUUUUGAACAAAUUGUUUGAGCUCACAAAUGACUCUAGUCCUGAUCAACCAUCCACGAAUCUGAAUGAUCUUGCCUUUAGAUUCUUCUACCGUUUGCUUCAAUCAGACUCGAGCCAUAUUCCAGAAUGUUACCAAGCUUACAAGUUUGAAAUAGAGCACGUGCUUGAUCUUCUUAGGUACAACAUUAGACCCCCCAAUGUUAAAGGGGAAGAAGUGUCAAGAGGAAUUCAGAAGCAAAUGAUUCAUUCUGCUACAGAACUGAAGGAUGCUGGUGUGAAAAUCAAAGUUGAUGAGGACCGCGAAUUGCUUGAUAUAACCUUUGGAAGGAAGUGGGGAGUAUUAACGAGGGAACUAACAAUCCCUCGUUUGCACAUAAGCGAUCAUAGAGGGACAGUGUUUCGUAACAUAGUAGCAUUUGAAAAGUGCCACAAAAGAUGCAACCCUGAUGUAACAACCUACUUGUUUUUCUUCAACAGACUCAUCAACUCAGAAGAAGAUGUGGCUCUUCUUCAUUACAAAGGGGUUCUUCAUCACUCUUUAGGCAACGAUGAAAGGGUGGCUGAUCUAAUAAACGAUAUUGCUAAAGAAAUACUUGCUGAUGUGAAUGAGUCAUACUUGUACAAAGUGGUGAAUGAGGCUAAUAAGUACUUUGAUACCGCAUAUGCAAAAACAAGAGCUUCAAUAGUGCGAAACUAUUUGACCAGCUGGGCUGUGGGAAUCUCAACCGUUGGUGCUCUCUUGGCCCUUUAUUUCACCUUCAUACAGACAAUUUGUGGAUUUGCUGAUGCAUUUAAGUCGUUGGAGAGCAAAAGGUUCAGUGAUAUCUUCAGAGAUGCUUUGGUUCUCCCAUUUCGUGACUCUCCUACUCCUAAUUCUGCCGUGCUGGUGGACACAGAUGCAAAAACAUGA